UCUUUGUGCCAAUAUAUUAAAAUUAUUUCUUCUUGCACCCUAUAUAACCAUAUUUAAACGUUCAAUGCUAUACCAAUCCAUUCCAACCCAAAUUUCAAACCAACCAAAAAUUGAACUAUAUAUCAUCACAUUAAAAAUUAGCUAAUGUCAUCCAUGAAAUUAUACAAGCCCACUUAUUCUUAUGGUGCCCAUCAGAAAAGCUUCUCUGAGUAUGAGCACCAAGAGAGUAAGAACCAAUCCAACUAUGCCAACUACAAUUGGGAGAACAGUUCUAACCAAUCGAGGUACGACAGCUCGUCCCGAGAACUUUUAUUGGGCCAAUCUGUCGAUGACUUUGAUGCAUAUGAGUCCAGUAAUGCUAGGGCCAAUAAGUCCACCAAUCACUAUGCCCAUGCCCAACGGGCCCUUCCAAGCCCAUCAAUUCAUGUUCAACAGGGCCAUCAUUCCAUGCAAAAAAUGAAAAGGCAGGAGAGUAGUAUGGGCCAAGAUUGGACCAACAAUUCCCCUAAGUGCUCCAGCCCAACCUCAGGUGAGCACUCAAGCCAUACAAUGCAUAACAAGAAUAAUCAUAUGAUGGGAGAAAUGGAGAAUGGUUGGGCCAAUAAGCCCAAUAAGUACUCUAGCUCAGGCCAAGCAUACAAUAUGGGUCAAUCCAAGUACAACGAACGAGGGCAAAAGGCUUACAAUUACGACGAAGCCGGUCUCGAAGGUGGUUACGCUAGUAAGCCCACCUUGCUAACUAGUCCAAAGUACAUCAGCCCAGUUAAAACUCAUCAACCAGGCCUCAUUACACAAAAUGAGGAUCACGGUUGGGCUAACUCAAACUCUAAAUUUUCAAGCCCAGCCCAAGUUCAAACUCAACACUCGGGCCUUGCAAUGCACGAAGAAGAUCAUAUGAUGGGAAAACCAAAUAUUGGUUGGGCUAAUUCGCCCACUAAAUUCUCUGGCCCAACUCAAACUCGUCAAUCGAGCCUUGCAAAAGGCCCUAUGAUGGAGAAACAUUAUCAAGCAGACAUGUCAAUGCAUAACGAGGGCCAGAUGAUGGGGAAAACGGAUCAAGGUUGGGCCAGUGCACGAAGCAAGUUCUUGAGUCCAGCCCAAACUCAUCACGGGAUGCAUAGAGAGGACCACAUGGUGGCAAACAAGAGUAGUGGUUGGGCUAAUUCACCCGCCAAAUACUCCGGCCCAAAUCGAGAACACGGGCAACAUGGAUGGGCAACAAAGUCCAACAACGGAUUUGGGCCAAACCAGCUUGGUCACUCAGCCCAUAAAUCAUAUGAUGACGAUUAUGAUCAGUGUGUGGAUGAGGAUGUCUAUGAGAUUAUGGAUGAAAUAUUGACCAAGUACCCAGCCCAUAAUGUUAGUGGUGGACAUGGAAGUAAUUGGGCCGCAAACAAUACAUAUGCAAGCCAGAACCAGGUUGCAGGCUAUGGUAAACAACAAGGAUAUAGUGGCUCGGCCCAUUAUGGAAGUGCAGCCCAAUCCAUGGCGAGUUCUAAUUCUAAGUUUGCCGUCAAAAAAGAGAUGAACGCAUCACACUCUUCCAGUUUCAAGAAAGAAGAAUAUUCAGCUAGUUCAAGUGCUAACAAGUUUGAGGCUAAUAGCAUGAUGAAUAGAGGAGGCUAUUGUUGAUGAUAUCUAAGGUGAUAAAGCAGUGAUCCGAUUACUAAUGAUAUUAUAAGAGGUUUACCAUGUGAGAGAUCAGCUUGAUUUGGACACAAGUAUAAUGUAGGGAUAAGUGAAAAUAAAGUCGUAAGCAGGCUUUGUCAUUUGCCUAGCUAUGAAACUUCAUGUAUUCUUUAAAGCUUUACCAGUUACCAUAUAAGUAUAUGUAUUAUGUAUAGUAAUCUAUCAUACGUACACCUUUCAAGCAGUUAAAUUUAUGAAAUAAACUGAUGGUUUCUUA